AUGGGCGCAAGCGAUUCCAAGAUUGUCUUCAAGCAGGGCAUUUUCAAGCUCUCGGAGGAACGCCAUAUUCCCGUCGGCGAUCCUUACUGGACGUCGUUUUGGGAGCUUCCAGAGUCCUCCGAGGAUGUCUUCAGUCUUUUCUCGCCGAGUGAUAUGCGAAGGAUCCGAGAUAAGGCAAUAGAGAACAUGGAAACGUUGAUAUUAGCGUUGACGUCACGGCUGUUUCUACUUCGACACCACCCAUCAUUUCCCGACCCCCAACUCGCGCCCGAGAAGGAUGCCUUAAACUGUAUUCGAGUGUUGACUCGGUUGCUUCCCUAUCUCUAUGAAAAAGAGAGCCUCAGUAGCUGGCAAGAGCGCUUCUUUUGGGGACCGCGUCGCAGGAAAACCCGUCGGGCCAUCAUCGCAAAUGAAGCCCUCUUUGAUGCAGCAGCUGAGAAUGACGAAAGAGAAAGCAUACCUAACGCCGACGAAUAUGAAGAAGCGAAACCGCUCGCUGAGGAGCUAAUAGAUACCCUGGUAGAUUUGCUAUUUUAUUCCGACUUCACCAUCACUCGCCAACCUCAUGGCCACGACAAAGUCACCUACGCAAUAUGGCAGAGUGGUGUUGGCUGCAAUAACGCCGUUGCGACAACCAAGGAACUCGAGAGCAACCGGGCAGAGAUUUUACGACUAUUACUAGCGCUGGCUGGCCAAAGCAUGUAUUCUACUCCAGGAGUUCUCGCUCAGGCUGGGACACGAACGCUGACGUAUCUCUGCACUUGUCAGGACAAGCAAAUUGUCCUAUCGGUUCUUUGCUCUCUACUCAAUACGACUCUUAAAUAUAAUCCGGCAAGCUGGCGAGUGCCGUACAACACACUGGGAUUCAAGGAUGCCAAACAAAUAUUGGUGACAUACUCUUUGGAGUUUUUGCUCAUUCUACUCGUAUACCCGAUCCCCGAGCAAUUCGCUCAGUCAAACACACCCUCCAAGAAUUUCUACCGCCAUUUUUUGGGCCGUUUGCACCGACCGCAAGACUUCCAGUUCAUCGUUGACGGCAUGUCAAGAAUACUCAGCCAGCCACUCCAAGAAAAGACAUCAUACCUGCCAGGAGCUCAGACGGCCACCAACUUUGCACCCGAAAUUCUGAUUUUCUUUUGGGAAAUAACACAAUGCAACAAGCGAUUUCGAUCCUUUAUUAUAGAUACGGACCGGGUGCAUGAUUUCGUGGUGUUCACGAUAUUCUAUGCUCUGGAGUACAGGAACGAAGCUGCCAAGCAGGGUGUCGUUCGCAUGUGCGCGUUCUUGCUCCAGACACUAAGUGUUGACUCGAAGUUUGGUCCUAGUCUAAACAAGCAAUUCGAGGGUCAAGACAGCCUACCUGUAGGAAUCCGCAUCAACGGUUUCAAGGGCACAUAUUGCGAUUUUCUGAUCCAUUCCAUCUACAACCUCAUCACCUCAAGCCAAGGCAACUUCACAGCCAUCUAUCCGGCCCUCUUGGCGGUUAUCAACAACAUAUCGCCAUACAUUCAGGGACUGGGCGCUGCAGGCAGCUCACAGCUCAUGCACCUCUUCACGUCCAUGUCAUCACCAUCGUUUCUUCUCGCCAACGAGACGAACCAUCAACUCUUGCACUCGCUCAUGGAAUCCAUCAGCGCCAUCAUCGACCAUAACUAUCGGAAGAAUCCCGAACUCCUCUUGGCCAUUGUCAAAAACCGCAAGCGAAUCGAAGCCUUGCGCUCUUUUACGCUCGAAAGCGGUCAAGAAGAGAUUGAGCGGAGGAACCGGUUGAAGAAGGACCGUAUCGACUCGGCAGACGCGGGAUCCAUCCGAAGCUCGUUCGACUCCGCACGAAGCCCAUCUGUUGCUGCAGUCAAGUCCUCAAAUCUGGAUGAAGUCACUGAGGACAACACCUUUGCGAUUGGAGGCUCGGACGACGACAGUGAUGAAGACGCCCAACCGACGCCGACCCAGUCGACGACGAGUGAGAACCUGUCACAAGCCUCGUCGGCAGGCAACUUUGACGAUGCCGUCCCCACUCAGCUGCGUGGAAUGUCUGAGAAGGCUCGUGGCAAGAUGCCAGCCGGAAGCCGCUCGUUUUCUAGACAGAAUAGUACCACAAGCCUUGGCGGGCAGUCGUCUUCUGCGAGGAUGCAGAGUGGUUCAUUCGAGCCUACGUCGCAAUGGAUCGACGGUUGGCUGCCGGAGCUACCUCUUCACAGCAUCCUGACGGUGAUCCAGCAGGUUUCUAUCCUGUUGCCUCGUCAGACUGCCCGGGAGGUGUUGACCCCAGACCUUGUUCGUCGCAUCCGAGAGAUUGAUCUCAUUGGUAUAGAACCUUGUCCAGCCCGGGUGCAUUCGUUCGAGUGGUCUCCACUUGCCUUGGGAUGGUACGAAUCCCUGUUGUGGGGUGUCGUCUUUUCCAACGAGAUGCAAAUUGCCAAGGGGACGAUGGGCGUCUGGAGCGGCACGGCAAUCAAACUCUUCCGUGUGCAAGAGACGGCGCCGGCAGGGCCUACGCUGACAUCUCCCAGGGGGGCGGUAGAUGCUGUAGGUAGCAACAUUGUAUCUCGCAUCGGUCAGAUCAACCUGAGAGGUCAAGCAGCACCAAAUUCCAACCACGGCACUUGA